AUGGGCGGGAUUACUCUCUUGCCAUUGUUAAUUCUAUCAAUACUUUUCGUCUUCUAUAUUCAGUAUCGUUUCCUGCCCGAUAAAUCAACCACGAUAAAGUUCGAUGUGACAUCGCCAGAAGAAAUACAGAAUCAGAGUAAUGUCAUUAAUGACCAGGCGCAUACACGAAAUAAAGGCGACGACAAUGCUAAUUUGAAUAAAGUUGGUUGGUUACGCGUAACAAGAGAAUAUCAAAGCGUCAGAGGCGCACCGAAUUCUGGAUCGUCUUUUGGUAAUAUGAUGAGACAGGGAAUAUAUUCAUUUAUGGAGGGGAAAAAUGGACUACCAAAACGACCAAAGGACUCUUAUUUUGCCGUAUUAAAGUAUAAUACACUUUUCAUGUACGAGAGUGAAAAUCAAACGGAAUGCAAGGGUAUAAUUAUUGUUUCACAUCACGACGUUUCAAUAUACCCCGACCGUUUACCGGACAAUGAAAUCUAUUUGAAAGUGAAUUCAAUUCGUCUGACGAAAAAACAAUCGAUUUGUGCCGAUAUGGAGAAAGACACCGACAAUCGUGAUUAUUAUCUAUUUUGCGACGUCGGUGUCGAUAAGGAAGACUGGUAUUUUGCAUUGCAAAAAUCUUCGAAACUGAAAUCAAAUUCACCAGGACCGCAGCCACAAGUUGUCCGAGACAAGGCUCAAUUCGAUCAAUCAGCCAUGAGCGAUCUAUUAAAGACGAUUCAUUCAGACGACGAACAUUACAAAACUCAGUGGCUCAAUGCCAUUCUUGGUCGAAUUUUCUUGGGAGUUUAUAAAACCCAAACAGUACAAGAUUAUUUUGUGAAGAAGUUGGUAAAAAAGAUAAAGAAGGUGAAAAAACCCGGUUUCUUAGGCGAUAUUCACAUCAAAUCGGUGCACGUCGGAAGUGGUGUCCCGCUCAUUACUAACCCAAAAUUAGUGGAUCUUGCGCCAAACGGUGACCUAAGCGUCGACAUGAAUCUUGAUUACACUGGAGGUUUCCGAGUCGAAAUCGAAACGGAAGCAAUAAUAUCCGUGUCACUUUCAAGAUUCAAACCAAUAAAAGUGCCAUUAGUACUCGCGGUAGUUUUAAGAAGGCUUCAAGGAAAAUUAUUGCUACGCAUCAAAGCACCCCCUUCAAAUAGGAUUUGGAUGGGUUUCCAUGAAAUGCCAAAGCUGGACUUGCUAAUUGAACCUGUCGUUUCCGCAACACACUUGAAAUUCUCAAUGGUCAUCAAAGCUAUCGAAUCUAAAAUUCAAGAGAUGAUUAUGGAAUCAUUAGUAUUACCAAAUAUGGACGAUACUUCUUUCUUUAUGAGUUCUGGCAUGGGUGGAAUUUAUGAAGGAGACGAGAAAGCAGAUAAAAAUCAUUCAUUAAAGCCACCUGGAGAUAUAAAUCAGACAGAUUCUGUAAAACAAUCACAUCCGAAAACCGAACCUGUAGAUGAAGCAGCAUCUCCAUUAGUUUCGAAAAAAAGAUUAAAAUCCAAGUCAUUGUUACCCGAGUCAGUAAACACGAACAUUCAUUCAUCUAAACCCUCAUCAAUAUUAACUAAAGGGCUUCCGUCAUUCAACGAUGACUCAACAUUGGUGAAAAGUGCUCCAGUUUCCUUGGAUGCAGUUAAUGCUCUCGAUCCUUCAAAUGAUCCUUAUUUAGCGGAUCCUCCAUCGUCAGCUCCUUCAAAAUUUGAAAGAUGGUCACGAUCUGUUUCUAUUCGUCGAAGAUCCUCACGAAUGGGCAUUGCCGGUAUAUUACAUAGUGAUCCAUUGGAGAAGAUCGAAGCAUCACCUAAAUCAUCCCCAAUUCCAAUAGUGACAAUAAGUGCAACUUUACAGCCGAGGAAAAAAACUUCAGCUGUAUCUUCCGAAAAUUCCUCACCUUCGGGUUCUCCUUUGGGUUCUCCAUCCGGGUCACUUGCUGGUUCACCUUCAGGCACACCCCAAAGAAAUUCACCUUCACCAACAUUACCUCCUUCACCCCCAAAAUCACCCCGCGCUACACCCAGUCAAUUAUUAUUCACAUCUUAUCCAUCAAAGAAUCUUGGAAUCAAAUCAGAGUACGCUUCGUCUUGCAAAUCAUUGCCGAUUAUUCGAGAUAAUGACGACAGUGAUGAAAACUUUUUUAAUGGCGGUAAAAAUUUUAUUGCUAAAGAUGAUUCAAUGUUUAUUGAAAGAAAGCCAAUAUUAGAUCCUCCAGUUGAAGAGUUGAAUAUGGUUUUAGGAUAA